UUUUUGCGGAGAUCCGAGCCGGUUCCUCUCUUAUUUGGGAGAAAUCGGACAUUAAUUUGCGGAUUAAAAAAAUAACGCGAGAGUUUGCAACUUGCUCCCUGUGUAGUUACAGUGUCAGAGGUAAGAAGGGGGACCGCGCAUGACCCGGCGAGCGGCUCUGCGCGGCGCUCCGGAGCUCGGAGGCUCCGCUCCGAAAUGGCCGAAUACCCCGAAGCAUGCCAGGUGUGACGAAGACCUGACAGCUCGAGGCACGCGGCCAAGCUCUGCUCGCCCACCCGGCUCCACGUGGGCGAACCCGCUCCGCGCGCCCACCAGCUCGCGCCCACUGCUCCAGCGUCCCGGGUACAGAUGGGUUUCCUCUUUUUCCUAUUUGACAGAUUGGUCGUCGAGGACUGACAGGAUCCACUGUAAGGUAUGUGAGAGACGGGCAUGCUGGGGGGCGGCCGGCCAGGGGGGCGCACCCGCAUGAGCCCAGCGGCAGGUGACAGGAGACAGGGGCUGGAGCACAGUGAGGAGGGUCCCUGUGAGGAGGCCAUGGACGGCAGGUGUGGAGAGCGACCUCGGCCUGGGAGCCAGGAGCUGAGACCUGUCCCAGGGGCCAUGCUGUCCCAGUGGAGGGAGCAGUUUCGCAGCCAAGCCCGAGUGCGAUGCCCUCGCCCCGGCUGUUGUCUCGACUUUCCCAGCCUCUAUGGCCUCAAGUACCACUACCAGCGCUGUCUGGGGGCACCGCCAGCAGAGCGCCAAAGUCACCACUGCCCACACUGCAAGGGCACCUUCUCCACGGAGGCUCGCCUGAGGAAGCACCUGGCCUGGAGCCACCCCGGCUGGGCCCUCCGUGCACCAGCACGGCUCAGGUUCGGGGCACCAGAGCUUUCACCCACCAGGAAAACCGGUGGAAAAAGGCCCACAAAAUCCCCAAACCCCAUCCCUGGGGUCCCAAAGGUUUUGAAGGCCCAGCACACAGCCCACCCAGCCCAGAAUGGCGAGAGAGUGCCCCAGACCCAGCCGAGCAGCAGCAGCUCUUCUGACAGCUCGUCCUGGACCUCUGCCAGCAGUGGGAGUGAGAGUGACAGUCCCUCCCCACUUUUGCCGGAGGCAGAGGAGCAUGAGGAGGCAGAGGAUGAGGAAAAGGAUCUGGAGAGAUCGAGGCAUAGAAGGAAACAAAAAACUCCCAAGAAGUUCACUGGGGAUCAGCCGUCCAUAUCCGGCACCUUUGGCCUGAAAGGACUGACCCAGUCGGAGGACAGACCGAAGGGCCGGGGGGCAGGAGCUGACUGGAACGGCUUCACCCAGGGCUGCAUGAGGAAGACCCCCCCCGCCUCCCACCCCGAGCAUCCUGACGGCCGGGGGUGGCCCACCUUGAUCGAACGGUCCAGGGGUCCCGUGAGGAGGCCCCUACCAGCCCACCCGAGACGCACAGAGGUCUGCCAGAAGCUCCAGGAUGCUCUCAGUUGUUCUCAGUGCCGGAGGCAGUUUUGCUCCAGGGCUGGGCUGGAGUUCCAUACCGCCGUGGAGCACAGCGACAAGAAUCGAUGUGGCAGAGAAGUAGAGGAGGUCAAGGUGCCUGUCUUCCAGUGCCAGCACUGUGGCAAAAAUUAUAGGUCCAAAGCCGGCCGAGACUACCACCUGCGAUCAGCACAUGCCACUGCGACCACUAGUGCUGCCAUGGGCCUGAAGAGGCAGCAGCCGAACGAGGGCCGCGAAGAAGGGGAGAACCUAGAUGAUGGGGGGAGUGAGAAGGAGGAGCAGAUGGAGGAGGAAGUCGAGGAGGAAGAACAUCGAGAUGGCAGCAGUACGGAGGAAGAGGAACAGCCAGAGCCAGGAGACCCCAAGAGGGAAGGUCGGUGUGAGCGCAUUCCGACUGAGGAAGAGGAGCAGGCGACAAGACUCAUGUCAACAGAGGAAGAGGGGCGGCCUGAGCAUGUGCUGACAGGGGGUGAGCGGCGGCCCGAGCUUAUGCUGACCAUGGAAGAGGGGCGGCCAGAGGAGGACUUUGGGAGGACGCCCAGUGGGAGGGUGCGGCGCCGAUCUGCCCAGGUGGCCGUGUUCCACCUGCAGGAAAUUGCAGAAGAUGAGUUGGCCAGUGACUGGGGAGGACGAAGACAUCGGAGGGAUGACCUCGUCCCCGACAGUAGGAAGCUCAACUACACCCGUCCACGACCUCUGACCCUCAGCCCCGGGACGGUGGAAAGGUGGAGGAUGGAGCUGAAAGAGAAGGGCUUCAUCUGCUGCCCUAACACCGGCUGUGAGGCUGUCUACACGAGUGCGGCCGGCCUGAAGGCCCACCUGGCAGGCUGCGAGAAGGGAGGUGGCUCCGCAGGGAAGUACACCUGCUUGCUGUGCCAGAAGGAGUUCGGUUCAGAGAGCGGCGUAAAGUACCACAUUGGGAAGACACACUCUCAGAACUGGUUCCGCAGCACUAACCACCCAGGCCCCAGCAGCGGGAGCAAAGGUUCGCAGAAUGGCCUGAAGGGGGCGCCGGAGAGCAGCGCAACAGUGAAGAAGAGAGGCCGCAAGCCCAAGGAGCGACCACCAGAUGGCAGUGACGAGUCGGAAGCCGGGGCCUGCUCAGUCAGAGACUGAAAUGUUCUGAUACCCUGGCUGUUACAAGCUGCAUCAGCAGAGCUUCAGCAGAGAGUGUCAGCUUUGUCCAAAACAGACCUUCUGCCAAGAGGAGGGGGGCUCCUAACUCCCAAUGACGCGUACAACAGCAGGCAUAUAGACAGUGAGCAUUACAAACUAUUUUCACUCGAACUUUGAAAUAUCAGGUAAAGAUACCAGGUUUUCCCCAGAAGUUGAUAGAUUUUUUUUUUUUUUUUUACUUUUUAUUGCCAACAAAGUAAUUACGUUGGGCAUGGGGGUGUUGUGGGUGCGUGAAAAAAAAGUAUAUUUUAAGCCCAUAGUAUUUCUGAGGGCCAGCUAGCUGUGCUGUGUUAACUUCACUUUGUGACUGUAAAGGUAAGCUAGGCCCUGCUUGCUAAGCUGGCGGUGCUGCUUUCAGCCCUGGCCACUGGGGGGCGCCGGCCUAAAAGGUUGCUUUUUUUUUGUCCUAUUCAAAAUGGUACUAGUGUCAGCUGAACUUUGCUGUAAAUAUAUAAACUGACCGUAUACCCGUAGGUCUGUAGACCGUGUAAAUGUCUAUAUAGGCAGAUGUGUGACCCCCAGAUUCCAGUUCUAUUUUUAAGCGAUUCAGUUCUUAAGUCGUUAGCAUCAUUGCAGUUUAUGCAAUGUAAGUAAUGAUCAGAUGUGUCGUUUUACGUUGUGUUUUAGAGGUUUUUCAAUCUAAAUGCUGUUCUCUUUGCACAGAGUACUAAACUAUUACUUGUGAUAAUCAGAUUUGUAUUGACAUAUGCGUAGCAUUCUAAGCUGUUGGUAUUUUUUCCUGUCAUUUGUUGGAAGUUAAGACUGGGAUGUUCUUAAUGGAUGGCAGUUAUUUUGGAUCGUUGCGUCCAGAGAUUGUUUAGCACAGAGGGCAGCAGUGCAAUAUUUCCACAGGAGCCGGGUGCAGUGUGGCUGCCAGUGUUUAGCAGAAUGUCCUUCUGUGACUUUAUUGUCUGAUUACUAUUUUUUUUGUUGGUUUUCAUUUCUGCUUUGGUGCAGAAAACGCACAGUGUUGGAAGUGCCUGAUCGGGAGACGCUGAAUUGCUUUGGGUUGAGAUCCGGGUGGGGAUGGGACCCCGUUGUUCUGCACUCCCUCAUCUGUUGUGGUGGGGGCUUCCGUUGGGGGGGGGGGGGUCAGCCCCGGUACUGGUAAACACAUAUUCGGAUAGAACAGUUCAGUCGUUUCCGGUCUUUUCCAAUGACUCCAGAUGGGUCACGCUCGCCGACUUCACAUCACAUGGUGGCGAGUGCCUGAUGUCAUCUUGGAGAAGCUGAUAAAGCACUAAGUUUUGGAAUUAGAGUUUUGGACCCUCGCUGUACUGUGUAAGAAAUGGUGCCCUAGUAUUUGGAAAAUAGAAAUGCAAAUUAUUCAACACUAGCCGAAACAUACACGCACACACAUUACAUUAAUCAUACAUGCUCUCUGAGUCCCCAGAAAUGGUGCUUAAAUAAGUACCAAGAGUGAUGUCAGUGUGGCAUGAAGAGAUGUGGUCAAGAGGGCCUGUAAAUUGCAUUUUUCUUGCACUUUAAAAUACCCCCUCUUCUUCCAUGCAUUUUUUCAGAUUCCUUAACUGCUAUAGGGCAUCAGAACAGGACUGGUAUCUGCCAUAGUGUUAACAGAAAGGCAUCUAAUAGAACAAGCGGAUGAUAGAUUUUUAACAAGUUGGACCCGUUUCAGCAUGAGCUUCCAGGUAGCUGCUUUAGCCAGCUGCUGUUUUAAUGUCCUUAUCAUUUGACCCUCCACUCAAAACACCUUGCACAUUAGGAGCGUAUUUGGGAGCCCUGUUGUACUUAUUCCGAUCAUCGUAGUGAGAGAUCUGAUAAUCCUUGAGGUCCUGAGAGCAGGAACGGCAGAUACGAUGCACUCGCUCGGAUGCUUAGCAGAUAUUUUUGAGGGCGUCCCACGGCUGUAGAUGGGGGGGGGGGGGGUUGCAAAGCAAUACUCAGAGUGUAAGUCCGGUAUAUGUCAGCCUGCAACUAGCGGGGUUUUGUGGGAGAUCCAGAACCAUAAUCCUGCAAUAUAUGCAAGAGUCGUGCACAGAGUGACCAAGAUGUAAGAGCAGAGCUUAGACCACAACUCACGAGAUGAGACUUUGCAUUCUAGUUUAGGUUAUAAGGGUACGCUGGGUCGCGUUACAGCACAAGUACAAAGCAUGAGAUAUACAGUAUGCUACAUCUCUUUCAGUAUUUGGAAAAAGGUGAUUGUUGACAAUUCUGUGUCGGUGAAUGAGAAGUUUGUGAGGAUGUGAUAGAACCCCCUCAAUGGGAAGCUUCCAAUUUCAGAAAAUUCGGUUAAAUUUAAAUAAAAUUUUAUUUGUAUAACGCACUUUCACAACAAUACGUUGCUUCACAGCGCUGUUAUUCCUGCCCAGCGCCACCAGAAAGCAAGCCAGUGGCAGCAGUGCUAAGGGAAAAACUUCCUGGAAGGAAGAAGCCUUGGGAAGAACCAGACUGAAAGGGGGGGAGCCCAUCCACCUUGGGCCAUCAGAGGAAGUCAAAGUCCUUAUUUAUAUAUUGCAGACUGUGGAAGAUCCAGUGAAGUUAUAGAUGCUGAUGUCAGGGCAGGCAGGUAAUGGCAGAAUGAGCGGUGCUGUAGUCCAGGCAGGAAGUAUGUCACAGGCAAGCAGGAAGUAUGUCACAGGAAGAAGGGGUGUCACCGGCAGCAGGGCAGGUGGGAUGUCUUGUUUUUUGUGUCUCCAGGCAGCACACCUGAGAACAGAUGGGGGGGAAAAACAAAGUACUGUAGCCAAAGUAGAGGAGACUAGAGACAAAGAGAGCAAAGAGUUAGGUGAGUGCAAUAUGUAAGCUCCAGCAGAUAUGGCUAAUGCGGCAUACGUGAGGGAGAGGCAGGUAGGAACGUAGGCAUGGGGAGUCCCUGAAAUGUGAGCACUCCCAAUUCCACAAAGGGGUGUGAAGCUAGAGUGACAGCACUGACAGUUCAGUUCAUCCAGAGCCAAUGGCACUAAUUCCCACCCAGCUCUACACCUCACACUGUAGGUCUUACUGGGAGUGAGCAGUUGGUUAGCGCUAGAACUAGAGUCCCUGUAAGCUAGACUAAACAAGUGUGUUUUAGUCUAGAAUUGAUUAUUGAGAGUGAGCCUGAAUCUUGCACAUCCACUGGGAAACUAUCCCACAGCUGCAGAGCUCUGUAAGAGAACACCCUGCAGCCUGCCAUAGCACUUUCUACUCUAGGUACUAAUAGAUAUCCUGCUCUUUGAGAUCGAAGCAGGUGUGGAGGGUUGUAAGAGCCCAGUAGACAUCCAAGAUAUUCUGGCAUAAGGCCAUUAGGCUUUAUAAAUUCAUAGCAGUAUUUUGUAAUUAAUCUGACAUUUAACUGGAAGAAUACUGUCUGCACCUGUGCCACCCAUGAGGAUGAGGGACCAGGCAGUCUGGGUGGGCACAAUGGACAUUCUUAAUGGAGGAGUGAUCCGUAAUGUCUCCUGCCAGAACCCAAGAAUUCCCUUCGGUUAUUAGCCUGUCCAGUCCACCAAGUGGAAAUUCUGGUAGUCCAAAAGCACAUGGAGAGGAUAUGCAAGACCCUCAUCCAGAAGUAGAGGUGGUGGAACCUGGAAAUUUGGAAUCUAUGUCUGUCUGGAAGGUGGGAAUCUAAUCCCGUGGCUGGCAAAGUAAUUCUAUCACCAUUGGGCCCAAAAGCAAGGCCUUUAACCCCAUUUGCAACAGGAACCUUGGCUGACCUUACUGAUACAAUGCUAGUGUCCCUUUCAUGUCACUUGUAUGUCGCUUUGGAAAAAGCAUCUGGUAAAUGUGUAGAAGAGGAAUGUGGUACCUUAGAAAUCUAUUCACAGUCACCGAAAUGGCUGUUGAAUCAUGUCAACUGGAAAGAUCUGUAACAACGAUGCGUGACCAGAGCCGGUUGGGUACAGCCAAGGGUUCAGGGAGGCCUGGGGGCAGCUGAUGACCACAGUCAGGACAGUUUUUACAAGGUGAGGUAGAUCUUGAUACAGCGACGGAUUCAGAACAUGUUCUUAGUAAGUGACGACAUACACAGGAUACCUGGGAGUCCAGAGCUGUAGUAGAGGAAGGUGUACUACUGGGCUGUAAGUGCAUGUUUGUGGUAUUUGAUCCAUUAAUUCCCACCAUUUUGAAGCUACAAUACAUUUGAUGGGAGUAUAGUGUCUGAAGUGUUGUGAGCCUAUGAAGAGUCAUUGAGGGGAAAUGAUGCAUCAGCCUUUGUGUUCAUAGAUCCCUGCUUAUAAAUAGUCAGUUAUUUUUGGUUUACCCUAACAGGGACCAGCAUGCCUGACGAGGGUUCCAGCUCUUAGAUGUUCCAAAGUGUUCUAUUAUUUUAAUGAUUGGUGAAGAUGAAGAAAGAAUGUUGUGUCUUCCAGUCAAUGUCUCUGCCCUUUGAAGACCACCAAUAGCUAAACGUUCCUGAUUCUUAAUAUCUGAACUCCUUUCUACUAGCUUUCUGGAGAAGAAGAUACAUGGAUGUAAUGUAGGCAGUUCACGUUGUCUUUGGAAAAGAACGGUGUGAGGCAUCCACCUCUUCAGUAAAAAGCAUGGAAGGGUCUGGAUGUAAUAGAAGUAGUGGCAUGUCAGGUGUUCACUUCCCCAGAACUAAGGUUUGCUUCUCCAGUGGUUGUACAUGGAGCCAUAAUGGAACAAAAGCCCUAAAUGGCUGUAGAAAUCUGCGAUUCCUAUAAAUUUUCUUUAUUAUAAAUGGUAUAGGCUAGGUGUUCCCAACCUCUGGAUGUCUGCAGGCUGGCUUAUAUUAUACAAAAUUUGCUGAGCGGGGGGGUCAUUUAUGAUAGCAUUUGUAUAACAUUUUCAUGUAUCAUGGUUUUAUUUUUUUUCCAAUACAGUAUGAUCCCAUAAUAUAUGGGGCGGGUGGCAGGAAGCCCAUUGGAAUACUUCUGCUAACUGGGGGGGUCAGUAUGGAUGAACCUUUCACUGCUUUCCCCUGCUUCCAUUUGUACAUUUUGAAUAUUUAUCAUAUAUCCAAGGAAGCUGGUUUCUGUUUUAUGAAAUUCACAUUUCUUACAAUCCAAGAGCUUCUGCAGAGCAGCCAUAUGUAUCCUACAUGGCUCUUGUAAUCUGAGGAGUAGAUCAGGAUAUCGUAAAUAUCCGUAAUAAAUCCUUUAUGUAGAAUGUUAUUAAUGAAGUCUUGAUACCCUUUGCAGGUCCAACAGAGUGAAAUACUUUAGCUUCCCUUAACUGCUCCUGAGCUGCAGGAAUCGUAGUCAGAGGUUCAAGGGUAACAAAGCAUUAUCUUGAGGCCAUUCAGACUGCUGUAGUAAAUGGCCAUAGACCCCCAGUAACAAAAAGCUGGUCAUGACAGAUGAAGCUGAUGGACAGAUGGAUCCUUGACUCAAAGCUUCCCAUAUAUUUUGUUCCAUAGCUUUAGCUUUAGGAAUUUACAAAGGCUAGAUACAAGCCCUAGGGGAAAUGGCUACAGGCCCAUGAGCAGUGAAGCCGUUAAUGUAAUCCACAGAUAGCGCCUGCAAAGCGACACUUAUCUUGGGUCAGCUGUAUUUAUGUGGUCGGGCUGAUGGUGGUGCUGGCUUACCUCUGCCUACCUGGGAUCCAGCCGUCUGUGUGGUUGAUGUAUUACUUCUGUCCUUGACAUGCUCCACUUUGCGGUCCCAUUUUGUUCUUCUUAUUAAAAAAAAAGAAUUGCUUGAUCAGUUUUGUGCAAUGGCAGAAGGCUGCAUGGGACGCGGUUUUUACAUUGAAAUAGUUUUCCGAAGCCUUUCGGCAAUCAAGGUAAAGUCUGGGCUUGACCUCAGAGCCAAGCAGCACAAGGAAGGUCAGGCACUGGUGCGUUUACUUAGCGUUUGCUCACCUUGUGCAUCCAGCUUUGUUUCCAGCUAACUUGCAUGUUUAUUUGUUUUAACAAAAAUAAUUUGUCUUUUGAGUGGAUUGCAGAUUAUGUACUAAACUGAUUCUAUGAUGCUUUUUCAUACUCAUAGCAUCUUUAAUACUUUACUACCGAUGGUCUGUUUUUAACAGGUAUCAACUAUAUAUCUGUAUUGUUAUUUUGCUGGGGUUUUUAACCAAACGCUGCAUUUUUUUUGUAAAAAUGUCAUGUGGUGUGCUGUUUCUGUGAGAGAAGAGAUGUGCAUAGUGUACAUGUAGUCCAUCCAAGUACUCAGCAGAAAUGGCCUGACAGCCUCGCAGCCUGUCGAAUGUAUACUUCCUUUUAAAAUAAGCUCAAUCCUUCCGAGAACCAGUGAGAUGCUGCGUCUUUCGUUAUAGGUUCUUGUCUUCGGUUCCUUUUGGUUGAUCCUCAAGCCAGCAUCCAGCUGAGCACCAUCUGAGGCUGGGGACUGGGCUGUUUUCACAGUUCCAAAGGGGUGUUUUGCUUCUGGAGAAGAUUUUAAGAAAUACAUUCUAUAGUCUAAAAAGUUUAAUGUGUGAGAACAAUAUUCCAUGUGAAUUUUGAGUGUAGGAAGUUUACAGGGUCUCACUUUGACGAGCACUAAAUGUGACUUUCGUAACGCCUUCGUAAGCGAUGCAUCUCGGCUUCGAUAAGCAUGACAACAGUGACGUCCUCAGCGAGGUUGCCAAGUAACGUGCUUCCCCAAGGGCCCUGUGCAAGACCUCCACCGUGCUCUCAUGUGUAACAUGUCAGAGGCAACACGCAAGCUGUGAAGGUGUUAUGAAGGUCUUUUGGUGGGCUCUGGGUGGUGCUGUUUACAUUAAUAAACCGAAAGCGUCAUCGUGAUCUGACUCGCGGCCGACAGCUUUGAAAGGUGAGGGGAGGCACUGUGCCGUGGUUCAAGGUGUACUGUUGAAGUUUAACGUUGCAUUACCCAUGCAAUAUUACCCUUCAUACAAUGAAUAAAUGAAGUUGAAUAAA